AUGGCGCUUUUGCGACGCUAUGGGCUCUACACGGUCCUCGCCGUGGGCUUCAUCUACAUGCUUUGGUCGCUCAGCUUCCCAUACGAGCAGCCUGGCGACGCGCCCAUAAACGGCAAUCACGGCCAGCAAAGCCAGCAACCACAGAGAAACCAAAAGUACAAAUCCUUCAACUGGGCAAAAGUGCCUUUCAAGAAUCGUAUCGAAUCUCUCACACCACUACCGACCGGCGAACCGAAAGCCCUACCGCCGAUACAAUUCAAUUUCGGGAAAGAGGAUGCUACGGCCAAGAACAUCCGCGAGACGAGGAGGGAGGAAGUCAAGAAGCAAUUCUUGAAGUGUUGGAAGAACUACAGAAGCUUCGCAUGGAUGCACGACGAGAUACGACCCAUAAGCGGAGAAGUCGCCGAUCACUUUGGGGGAUGGGCCGCCACUCUCAUUGACGCGCUCGAUACACUAUACAUAAUGGGCUUUGAAGAGGAGUUCUCUUCUGCCAUCAAGGACAUCGAGCGGAUCGACUUUGGAUACACGGAUUUGGAUCGAGUCAAUGUUUUUGAAACCAAUAUCCGGCAUCUGGGCGGCCUUUUGUCAGCUUUUGAGCUGAGUGGAGACCAGAGGCUACUAAAUAAGGCGAAGGAGGCGGGCGAGAUGCUAUACCAUGCGUUUGAUACACCCAACCACAUGCCGAUCACGCGAUGGCAGUUCCGCGCCGCGGGCGAAGGCAAACCCCAAGUAGCAGAUGAACAAGUCCUACUCGCGGAAAUCGGAAGUCUGACUAUGGAGUUUACGCGUCUUUCGCAGUUGACUAGCGACCCAAGAUGGUAUGAUGCGGUCAAUAGAGUGACGAAAGCCCUCGAAGAACAGCAAGAUAAGACAAAGCUACCAGGCAUGUGGCCGAUCGUUGUCAAUGCUCGGAGAGCGGAAUUCGCCGGCGACAGCGGGUUUACACUGGGGAGUAUGGCUGACUCGACGUAUGAGUACUUGGGCAAACAACACGCCUUACUCGGCGGCCAAGACGCCAUAUACCGCAAAAUGUACGAGAAAGCCAUGGACACUGCAUCCAAGCACGCCUUGUUCCGACCAUCCACUCCCGAGAACUCCGACAUGCUCAUGUCAGGAUUCGUCCGCGUUGAAGGUGCCAAUGCAUACUUGGACCCGGAGAUGCAGCAUCUGGCUUGCUACACGGGUGGUAUGUUCGCUUUAGGCGGAAAGUUGUUCCAGAACAACGAACACGUCACGAUCGGUCGCAAGUUGACAGAUACGUGCGUCUGGGCGUACCUAGCCUCACCUGCAGGUAUCAUGCCCGAAGUAUCGCAUCUUCUCAAAUGCGCAAACACAACGACCUGCGUAUGGGAUGAGAAAGAAUGGCUAGAAGGUAUCGCUUCCCGAACAUCUGACAAUGCAGAGGAAAAAGAUCCCAUCAAGAACAUUGCGAACCUUCGCCUGCCAAGCGGCUUCACCAGUAUCGAUGACAGGAGGUACAUUCUCAGACCAGAGGCUAUCGAGAGCGUGUUCAUCAUGCACCGUAUUACAGGAGAGCAGCAAUGGCAGGCCGCCGCAUGGGAUAUGUGGACAGCUAUUCAGCGCUCCACUGACACUGAUAUUGGUAACUCGGCAUUGGCAGACGUAUCGGCCGACUCCCCACCAAGAGCGGACAGCAUGGAGAGCUUCUGGAUGGCGGAAACGCUAAAGUAUUUUUACCUAACAUUCAGCGAGCCCAACGUUAUCAGCCUGGACGACUGGGUUUUCAACACCGAAGCCCAUCCUUUCCGGAUUCCAAAACCCAAAGCAGCGUAA